AGAUACAAUCCCUAUGAAAGUAAAUGCAAGAUAUGCAAGGCAAAACUCCACCAGGUCAAAGCCCAUUAUUCUUGUUCUUACAAAAAGGGUAUUUGCGCUAUGUGUGGCAAGCAAGUGCUGGAUACGACCAGUUAUAAGCAAUCUUCAAAGUAG